UGUUUCACAGUGCACUCACAAUGAGCUGCUUGAAAUUUGCAUUGAUGAUUCUAUUGUCAGCUUAUUUGGCAUCGGCUCAUUCCACUGGGCAUGCAGGAGAUGGAGUGCAGGCUCUGUCCAAGAUUGCUAUUCACAGAGCCACUUUUGAGCUUCACCAUAAUGCCUCCAUUAAAGCCCAUCCUCUUCUCCUAGGCAUCAAGGGGAAGGAUUCUGAGUGGAUCACUGUGGAACUUCAGAGUCCUAGUCCCAGUGAAGAUGACUGGGUUGCUGUGUUUUCUCCAGCAAAUUUCAACUCAUCAUUUUGUCCAGAUGAUGAUAAGUCAGAAAACUCAAGACAAGUGGCACCCUUUAUAUGCUCCGCUCCUAUAAAGUAUAAGUUCGCCAACGAAUCCAAUGAGGACUACACCAAGACAGGCCAAGCAUCUCUCAGAUUUCUGCUGAUCAAUCAGCGAUCAGAUUUCUCAUUUGCAUUAUUCUCAGGAGGAUUGUCAAAUCCAAAGUUGGUGGCAAUUUCAAAUACAAUCACCUUUGUGAAUCCAAAGGCUCCACUCUAUCCACGCCUUUCUCAGGGUAAAGCUUGGGACGAAAUGACAGUUACGUGGACAAGCGGCUAUAACAUUGACGAAGCUGUGCCUUUUGUGGAGUGGGGCCUUAAGGGAGCAUCACAAACGCAAUCACCAGCUUCAACCUUGACUUUUAAUAGAGGCAGUAUGUGUGGUCCACCAGCACGAACUGUUGGAUGGCGUCAUCCUGGUUUUUUCCAUACCAGUUUCUUGAAAGAUUUAUGGCCAAACUCAUUGUACACUUACAAGUUAGGCCAUAGAUUGUUCAAUGGCUCAUAUGUCUGGAGUAAAACAUACCAAUUCAAGUCUUUCCCAUCUCCAGGACAGGACUCAUUGCAACGUGUUAUAAUAUUCGGCGACAUGGGAAAGGCUGAGCGUGAUGGAUCCAAUGAGUAUAAUAAUUAUCAGCCAGGCUCUCUGAAUACCACAGAUCAACUCAUCAAAGACUUAGACAACAUUGAUAUAGUUUUCCACAUUGGAGACAUCACUUAUGCCAACGGAUAUAUCUCCCAGUGGGACCAAUUUACCUCACAAGUGGAACCCAUAGCAUCAAGAGUGCCUUAUAUGAUUGCAAGUGGCAAUCAUGAACGUGAUGUUCCUGGGACUGGUUCCUUUUACGACACGAAUGAUUCAGGUGGAGAGUGUGGUGUACUAGCUGAGACCAUGUUUUAUGUUCCAGCUGAAAACCGAGCUAAAUUCUGGUAUGGGACAGAUUUUGGAAUGUUCCACUUCUGUAUAGCAGACAGUGAACAUGAUUGGAGGGAGGGAAGUGCUCAGUACAAGUUCAUUGAGAAUUGCCUUGCAUCAGCAGACAGACAGAAACAGCCAUGGUUGAUUUUUGUUGCUCAUCGUGUUCUUGGUUAUUCCUCUGCUUACUUGGACCAAGGUUACUCUGGAGAACCUAUGGGAAGAGAUAGCUUACAAAAGCUCUGGCAGAAAUAUAAAGUAGACAUUGCAUUUUAUGGUCACAUCCACAACUACGAAAGAACUUGCCCCAUUUAUCAGAGUCAGUGUGUUAACUCAGAGAAGCAUUACUAUUCAGGAAUAGUAAAUGGAACAAACCAUGUGGUGGUGGGUGGUGGAGGGAGCCACUUGUCAGAGUUCGGAGCAGGGAAGCCUGGGUGGAGUAUUUUCAGAGAUUCUGACUUUGGUUUUGUUAAAAUGACAGCGUUUAAUCACUCAACUCUUCUGUUUGAGUACAAGAAGAGCAGUGAUGGGAAGGUCUAUGAUUCCUUCACAAUCUCAAGGGACUAUAGGGAUGUCUUGGCCUGUGUUCAGGACGGUUGUGAACCCAUUACUCUGGCCGCUUGAAAUUCAUUCGCAAAAAAACAAAACUACAAGAAAGUGCUUGUUUUGAUUAAUAAAUUACACGUUGGUGCAUGCUUGUUGGUUAGUACUUGAGAAAAUAAGUAUGGAAUUAAUAGGGAUUGGGUUUUACAGAAA